AUGGGCGCGGAGUGCCGGUACGAGCUGGCGCAGGCGGCGUACGUCAAGCUGGCGCUGCACGCACUGAAGCACCCGGCGACCUCCGUCAACGGCCUCCUCGUCGGCCGCCUCGUCGAGCCUUCGUCCUCACCGGCCGUCGUCUCGGUAAUCGACGCCGUGCCGCUGUCUCACCACCCGCACCACCUUCCGCUGCUCCCCACGCUCGAGCUCGGGCUCACCCUCGUCGAGGACCACUUCGCAACCCAGGGCGAAGGCCUCGCCGUCGUCGGAUACUACCACGCCAACCCGCGUUGCGACGACACCGACCUCCCGCCAGUUGCCAAGCGCGUCGGGGACCAUAUCUUCCGAUACUUCCCCCGCUCCGCCGUGUUGUUGGUCGAUAACAAGAAGCUGGAGGAGGCCGUCAAGGGGAAGUCUCGCGACCCGGUGGUUCAGUUAUACACCAGGGAUUCAUCAAAAAGUUGGCGUCAGGCUGGAUCAGAUGGAAGCAGUCAGCUGGUUCUAAAAGAACCUUCUACCAAUGUUGUCCUAGCUGAUCAUGUUACUACAAAGAAAUGGGACAAAAUUGUUGAUUUCGACGACCACCUUGAUGAUAUUAGCAAGGAUUGGUUGAACCCAGGCCUCCUUGACUGA